CAGAGGUGAGACGUAUUCGUCAGCCUGAAGGUAGGCUUUCCGCCCCUCGUCUCUGUUAUGGAAGCCAGAGACUGGCGUGGCGUGGCGAGUCCGGAGGCGCGUGGCGGAGUAAACAAGCUAAUCUCUUGCGCCCGCUGAUAAGCCGAGUCAAAAGACAAUCACGAAAGUUUGGGGGCUCAGUGCGAUCGAGAGAGCCUUGGAACGAGAUGCGGAUGCUGUGGCUCCUGCUCCUCCUGCUUCUGGGACCGUCCUGCCGCGGGGCGGGCAAGGUUAUCUACUUCAACCAGCUAAACAGGACCCAGUCCACCGAGAUGGCUAAGAACCAGACCGACCUGCUGGGGAAGGGGAUGCUCUUCGACGUGCGAGGGAAUCGGUGCCACCGGGGAUUCACGAGGGACCACCACGGGCGCUGCAGAAGGAUUGUUAGAUAGCGGCGUUAACUUAUUUUAGGAUUCGGGUUUAUUUUGAGUCUGUGCCGAAAGAUUAAAGUGAAAGCCGCCGACGGCUUAUGAAGAGAGAUAAGACAGCUGAUUCCGAUUAUACAGAAAUAUAAUAAAAAACAAGUUCCCAAGCA